GUCUGGUCGUAUUUGAGCAAAUGGUAAAUUUGUUUAAUUAGAAAUUGAAACACAGUGAUAGUUCUUGAGAAAAUGAAUUCUUUGAUGAAUUAUGGAAGUGAUGACAACAGUGACGAUUCCGGAGAUGAUAGAAUACCGGAAAUGCCUGGAUUAGAGAGAAAUGCCCCAACAAAAAAUUACAGAAAAUCCGGAAGCCAGGAAGAAGACAAUUAUGAUGAAGUGGGGAUGGACAUGAGCGAGAGUUAAGACCUUGUAUCACGAGCUGUGUCUGUCUCAUCAAUGACUCAAGAUGAUCCAACGAGAAACGACCAAUACCCGGACUCGAACGAUUCGUCGGAACAGCAUAAAAAACAAAUAGAGGAAACAUCGCACAAAGACAAAGGCAAACAAAGUAGACAGAGUGCAGAUAGACGAAGCAGUCGAAGCCCAAAUAGUCGAAAAAACGAUGAAGAUACAAGAAACAGACGCUCUGAAGAUAGACACGGUAAAUCUGACAGAGAAAAAUCGGAUAGAGGUCGCGAUAGAGACUCUAGAGACGAAGAUAGAGCACGGGAUAGACGUAAUAGAGACGAUAGAAGGGAUUACAGACGCGAAGAAAGAUCGAGUAGAGACGACAGAUACAACCGCGAUAGACGCAGCGACAGAGACAGAGAAAGAAAGAGAAGCAGGAGUAGAGAUAGAAGAAGAUCCAGAUCCCCACCGAGGCGCUCUAGAUCCGGAUCCAGAGGACCGUCUAAAGGUUUUAGAAGGGACAGGGCUAGCCACAGAAUGGAUAGAUUGGAUAAAUUAGGGAUUCCGUUUAAACCUGACACUUAUCCCUCUUCGGCCCUACAAGGGAACAGCGAGGGCAAUUCGGGAGAUAGGUUUUUCAUGCCGGGAAUAACCGGUCGUUUCAGAGAUCAGAUUGAGAAGAGGAAACAGCUGUGGCAAAAAGGAAAAGACGAGCCUGUUGUUCCUGUGAAUAUUCCUGGACCUAGUAAUAAUGGAAGUAAUAUUAAUAUGGCUGGUAGUAAGGCUGCAAAAGUAUACGAAGCGACUACCUUUGCUGAUGAUAAGACUUCCAGCAAAUUUAAACGGCUUAUGGGUAUACGGGAGACGGGUGGCCCAAAUAAUUUACCGACAAAAAGUAGCGAAGUGCUAAAAAAGCAGGAAGAAAUGUUCAGUUCCAUGGAGGCGCAGUACGAAGUUGCGAGAACGGCUACACAUACUAUGAGGGGUGUCGGUUUGGGAUUUGGGAGUUUUCAGAGAUAAUCGACGGUUUUUUUUUAAUUUUUUCAAGUGAGAAAUAUUAGGUUAUUCUAUUCGCGAAUUGAAAAUUAUGUUGGAAAGUUUUUUUUUGGUUAAAUAUUUUUUUUAAAGUGUAUGUUUAGAUGUAAUAAAGGCUUGUUUAUGCAUAAAUAAUAUGGCUUUUAAAGUUUUUUUUUUCAUUAAUAUCUGUGAAGAAAGAGGUUAUGUUACUAAGCACAAGAAAAUUUCAUUUGUGUAGUUACAUUACGUUCAUAAUGGUUGAAAUAUUAAUAAAGUAUUUUUUUUUGA